AUGAAUAAACUGGUGAUUGAUAUCAGAAAGUCAUUUGAAUUGAGCACCGAUUAUGUGAUAGAAUAUUAUAAUUCAUGGAUUGAGGAUAACUAUGUAUUCAUUCAAAUGGAGUUUAAUGAAAAUUUGACAAAUUUUUUGGACACUAAGAAAUCAUUUUUUAAUGAUUUGAUGACUAUUUCUGAGUUUUAUAUAUCGUAUCAUAUGUUUCAUAGACUCACAGAAUGUGUGCAAUAUUUGCACGAAAAUCAUAUCAUUCAUAGAGACCUCAAACCGGAUAAUGUGUUGAUUACAAGCGAUGGGUCGAUAAAGUUAUGUGACUUUGGUUUGGCUAAAGAGGUCUUAGGUAUUGAUUCACAUAAUAUGUCAAAAGCUAAACAUACGGCAGAUGUGGGUACUGUUGACUAUAUGGCAUCGGAAGCCCAGACUAAUGAAUACAAAUAUAAGAUAGAUAUCUACAGUCUAUCGCUAAUUGGGUCACAACUAUUUGGUUUCGAUACAAACGAUAUAAUUGCUGGAAAACAAUUCAGUGAUAAAUACUUUGAGUACCAGAUAAUAUGAUGGAAGCGAAUGACCUAUUGCUUGACAUAAGGGAGGCAUUUGAUAUUAACA